UUUGCUCACCUCCCUUCCUCCCUCCACACGAACCUUAAGCGGCCUGCGAUGAUCACUUCUCGACGCGGCUCUGGGGCGCGCUGGGGCACGAUGGGCGCCCUUGCGCUCGCCGGCGCGCUCGCCGGCGCGCUCUGCUUCGUGGCCGCACCCCGCCGGGCCGCGCGUAGCCUCCUCCUCCCAGACUACGACUACAGCGCAGCGGUCGGCUCAGGCCCCUUCCCUUGGGAAGAGUGGGAAGAGCCAUCCUUCUCGCCCUCCUGGCCAGUGGUCGACAUUCGCAUUCCCGACUUCGGGUCCUUGUUCCAAAGCAGCCCUCCGCCUCCGCCUCCGCCGCUCGCCCGCGCCCGGCUGAUGGACUGGACGAUGGCGUUCAUCUCGGUCGACACGCACACCGAAGUGCCGGUCAAUGUGCAGGUCGGCGACACGGCGCAGAAGCAGGCGCUCGACGCGACCGUCGACCUCACAAAGACCGCCGUCGCAGGCAGCCAGGGCUACGUCGCGGCGGACGGGUUCGUGCCUGCGCGCGCCUCCUCCUCCAGCAGCGGCGGGCGGCUCGGCGACGAGAUUGGCGCCGGGGAGCUGCGCAGCGGGGACUUCGCCGCGGACGUGCCUCCGUGCCGGUACGCGGGCGAGACGGGCUGCUUGGUCGCCGCCCCCCUCUGCCACGACGAGUGCGGCGAGUACCUCUCGACGCUCCGCAGUCAGGGCGUGACAGACUACGACGGCGUCGGGGUGUGCGACGACGGCGGGGAGGGGUCGGAGUGGGGCGCCUGCGCCUUGGGCUCCGACUGCUCCGACUGCGGGCCGCGGGAGGCGGAAGGGGCCCCCUCUGCCACCGGCAGCGGCAGCGGCAGCGGGCGAGGCAUGGCUCAGAGCGGUGCGGGCGGCGGCGGCGGCGCGAGCGCGAGCAGCAAGGAGGCCCCUACUGGGGCCCCUAGCAAGGCGCACGCUGUUGUGGCGAGCAACCCGACGCUAGGCACGCUCUCGAGCUUGUCGGGCAUGCUCGGCGUCAAGGCGCUGUUCACGCCGCCCCCGCCGCCUCCGCCAAACAGCGUCGCCUCCUUCCUCUCGCACGUGACCACGUCGGUCGACAACAAGCUGACAGACACAGGGCUACCGGCGCUCUUCGCCGACCCGCCCCCGCCCCCGCCAGAUGUGCUCCACGCACUGCUCUUCGACUGAUACGCUUUUGCAACCUCUCCCCGCCUGCUGCUGCCUCGUGUGUCGUUAGCCCAGGCCGGUGGUGGAGAUGGACAUGCGAUUCUCCUGAGCUCUCCCCGAGAGAGAGAAAGCCCUCGAGGAGAAGUGAAGCUCUUUGGGGAAGCGCUUAUCACAUUUUUGUGGUGACUGUUUUGUCACAGAUCUGAGCUUCGUGCUCGUAGCUCGUGCGUGUUGCAGGCGUUUGUGUGUGUUGUUGCUGUGUGCCAUCUUCCCUCUCAGUGUAUCCUAUUGGAAUAUGCGACUUUGGAAAUC